GAGUGAGUUACGCUGUUAUAUUUUCCUCUGCACCUGAACUGAACCCGUGGGGACCUUUUUUAUGCUGUUUUCUUCUGCUGUGAUUUACAGUCUCCUCCAAUAACAAAUUUGCCAGACCUGGGAGCACACAGAAAACGGUACCUUGUGCAAAGAUGUCAAAUGCAUUGACAUUUAUCUUGCUCUUCCUAUUUCCAUCACUGCUGUCAGGAGCUUGGUUUCCCAAAAGUUUACCCUGUGAUGUUAAAGCCUCUGAAGGGACUGUGGCAGUGGACUGCACCUAUCGUCGUCUCAAUGAUGUUCCCAAGGGGAUCCCUACAAAUGCUACCAACCUUACCCUGAGUAUUAACCAUAUUCCCCAUCUCUAUCCAACAUCCUUUGCUCAUCUUAAAAACCUUGUGGAGAUUGACUUCAGAUGCAACUGUGUGCCUGUCAAACUGGGGCCCAAAGAUCGUGUGUGCAACACAAGACCAAAUAUUGAGAAUGGCAGUUUUGUUGUCCUGCCAAGAUUGAAGUCAUUGUAUUUGGAUGCAAAUCAGCUUUUGGAAAUACCUCGAGGUCUUCCUAGUACUUUAAGUCUGCUGAGCCUGGAAGCCAACAGUAUCUUUUCUAUCCAAAAAGCUAAUUUGUCAGAGCUAGGAAACAUUGAAAUGUUGUAUCUGGGACAGAACUGUUACUACCGUAACCCAUGCAAUGUUUCAUUUGAAAUUGAAAAAACUGCCUUUCUGGAGCUGAAAAAAUUAACAAUACUAUCCCUGAAGUCUAACAACUUAACUCAUGUUCCACCCAAUUUGUCAUCUACUUUAAAGGAAUUAUACAUUUACAACAACAUGAUUCAAGAGAUUCAAGAACAGGAUUUAAGUGACCUUCACAACCUAGAAAUUCUUGAUCUAAGUGGCAAUUGCCCACGUUGCUAUAAUGCACCAUAUCCUUGUACUCCCUGCCCCAAGAGCUCAAUUGAGAUACAUGCAAAGGCUUUUCACUCCUUGAAAAAUUUAAGGAUCUUGCGACUUCACAGUAACUCUCUGCACACCAUACCCAGCAGCUGGUUUAAAAACAUCAGGAAUCUCAAAGAGCUUGACCUCUCCCAGAAUUUCCUCAUAAAAGAGAUUGGAGAUGCUCAGUUUUUGAAGUUUAUCCCCAGCCUUGUAGAGCUUGAUCUGUCCUUUAAUUUUGAGCCAAAGACGUACCAACCAUGCUUGAAUCUGUCUAAGACAUUUUCUUCCCUCUCAAAUCUGGAAACCCUCAGGCUCAGGGGUUAUGUCUUUAAAGAACUGAGAGAAGGAAAUCUAGGUCCAUUGCUCAAUCUUAGAAAUCUAACAGUGUUGGAUCUUGGGACUAAUUUUAUUAAAAUUGCUGACCUGAGAAUGUUCCAGCAAUUCCCAGCUCUUAAGUUCAUAGACCUCUCAGUGAAUAAAAUUUCUCCUUCUUCAGGUGACACUAACUCUAAUGGGUUUUGCUCUAAUCCUAGGAUUUCACUAGAGCAAUACAACAGGCAAAUAUUACAAGAGAUGCAUUAUUUCAGGUAUGACGUGUAUGAACGAAGCUGCAGGUCCAAAGACAAAGAGGCUGCGUCCUAUGAAUCUUCAGUUAACGAAGAGUGCCUGAAAUAUGGAGAAACUCUAGAUUUGAGUAGGAACAAUGUUUUUUUUGUUAACCCCUCAGACUUUGAGGGACUUAGUUCCCUCAGAUGUCUCAACUUGUCAGAUAAUGCAAUAAGUCAAUUUUUAAAUGGAAGUGAAUUUUCCUACUUGUCUGGUUUGAAAUAUCUGGAUUUUUCUAACAAUCGGAUUGACUUGCUCUACCCAACUGCUUUCGAAGAGCUAAAACUUUUAGAAAUUCUUGACCUGAGCAAUAACAAACAUUAUUUCCUGGCAGAAGGUGUUACUCACAUGCUUAGUUUUAUGAAGGACUUGACCCAUCUGAAGAAGCUGAUGAUGAAUGAGAAUGAGAUUUCUACUGCUGCAAACACAGGAAUGGAAAGCCAUUCCCUCCAGAUUUUAGAAUUCAGAGGAAAUCGUUUAGAUAUUUUAUGGAUGGAUGGGAAUGCCAGGUACGUGUCAUUCUUCAAAAAUCUGACCAGCCUCGAACAACUGGAUAUUUCCUUCAACUCACUGAGUUUUAUACCUCCUGAUGUUUUUAAAGCUAUGCCUCCGGAACUCAAGAUCCUCAACUUAACCAAUAACAGGAUGAAAAGUUUCCACUGGGGCAGCCUGACAUAUCUGAAGAAACUAGUGACCCUGGACCUGAGCAAUAACCUUUUGACUGCUGUUCCCCGAGAACUGUCCAACUGCUCUUCAAUGCUUGAAGAACUGAUGCUCCGAAACAAUCUCAUUCAACAUCUAAGUAAACAUUUUCUCCGAGGUGCUUUUAAGUUGAAAUACUUGGACCUAAGCUCAAAUAAGAUUGAAAUGAUUAAAAAGUCUAGUUUCCCUGAAAAUGUCAUUAACAACCUGAGGGUGCUGCUUUUGCAUGGCAAUCCUUUCAAGUGCAAUUGUGAUGCCGUGUGGUUUGUUUGGUGGAUCAAUCAGACUCAAGUGACUAUUCCUCUUCUGGCCACAGACGUGACCUGUGCUGGCCCAGGGGCACACAAAGGAAAGAGCGUGGUUUUCUUGGAUCUGUAUACCUGUGAGCUGGACACCUCGUACUUGAUCCUGUACGCUCUGUCACUUGCUACUCUCCUCGGCUUUAUGGUGUUCACAGUGACGAGCCAUCUCUAUUUCUGGGAUGUGUGGUAUAGUUACCAUUACUGCACUGCCAAGCUGAAGGGCUAUCAGCGUUUAUCUUCACCAGAUUCUUGCUACGAUGCUUUUAUUGCCUAUGACAAUGAAGAUCCAGCUGUGAAUGAGUGGGUGCUGACAGAACUGGUUGAAAGGCUGGAAAAUCAAAAAGCCAGACGUUUCAAUUUGUGCCUGGAAGAAAGGGACUGGCUCCCAGGACAGCCAGUCUUUGACAACCUAUCCCAGAGCAUUCAGCUGAGCAGAAAGACCAUAUUUGUGCUGACCAAGAAGUAUAUUAAAAGCGGCAGCUUCAAGACCACAUUUUACAUGGCCCACCAGCGGCUUCUAGAUGAAAAAAUGGAUGUUAUUAUCUUGAUAUUUCUUGAGAAGGCUUUGCAGAAGUCCCGCUAUGUGCGGCUGAGGAAGAGGCUGUGCAGAAGUUCUGUCCUGGAAUGGCCGACUAACCCUCGAUCUCAGCCCUACUUCUGGCAGUGCCUGAAAAAUGCAGUAGCUACGAGCAGUGCCCUGGCUUACAACAAGCUACUCCAAGAAACUGUUUAGCUCUACCCUUCCCUGUAAGUAGUCUUAUGAGGCACAGUGUGCAGAAGAUCCUAAGCUUCAUUUGGAGAAGCUGUUGAAGCGUGGAGCAUAAAUGUAAUUGUGAUAGUGUAUCCCAAAACAAAAUGCACCUUUGGUGACAAAGCGGAUGGUUCACUUGUUUUGCUACAACAAGACUGAACAGCAACUGUUGUCAGCACAGAUGUUUAGCGAACAUGUGCCUGGCUUGGCAUCAUUUGCUGCACAGCAAGAGAAGAUGCACUACUCACUGGAAGUCCCUAGUUUAGAACAGAAUCAGUGCUUCCACUUUCUAGUUUGCUGGAGGUCUCCAGUGUUGCCUGUGGUUGGGUCAAGUGUUGCUGAGACACUUGCUCCGCUUACUCUAGUACACAGACUGCCGGGAGGAGUUUGAGCGUGCCUAAAGUUGCUGCUGUUCAGAUCACUGUUGGAGUAAAUGUGAUUUUAAUAGUAAACUGUAUUUUCUGCUUGGAGUAUUUAUGAAACACAAGAAGAUUUCCUGACGCAUUCCUCAAAAACACCUUAAGCAAUGCUGAUGCUUUGAUUUUAGGAGUUAGGAAAAUGUAAGAAUAAUUAUCUUUUCUUCUUGGGCUUACAGCCGCUGAGCCUACUGCUUCUGUCUGAGUAACCACCUCUGCAAAGAGUAACUGGUGGUCCUCAUCUUUGCAGCAGCUAAGACCUUCUGAGGGUCUACCCUUUGAUCGAUGUUCUGGUUUGAGCUAAAAUAGAAUCAGUUUUCUAACUUUUUUCCUAAGCCCCAUCUAAGUAACUUCAUUUUCUGAAAGAUAACUGCAUGUUUUUCAGACAGUGGUUUUCUCUCUGGAAGUGGUAACACAGGGCACUGAUGUGCUGAAUGGCCAUUACUUAUACUUAUACUUACAGAAACCAAAGCCAUCACUGAGCUGGUCGAAUGCUGUACGUGAAAGGGGCAAAAAAAGGGUAGCACUUUGUAGGGAGGGGUGGACAGGGCAGGUGGUUCCGAACUGACCAGUGGAGUAUUCAUUGAAUCAUAGAAUUAUAGAAUCACCAGAUUGGAAAAGACCUCUUGGAUCACUGAGUCCAACCAUUCCUAUCUGCCACUAAAUCAUGUCCCUGAGCACCUCGUGUAUCCAUCUUUUAAACACCUCCAGGGAUGGUGACUCAACCCCCUCCCUGGGCAGAUGCUGCCAGUGCCCAAUGACUCUUUCUGUGAAAAAUUUUUUUCUGAUAUGCAGUCUGAACCUACCCUGGUGGAGCUUGAGGCCAUUCUCCCUUGUCCUGUCCCCUGUCACUUGGGAGGAGAGGCCAGCUCCCUCCUCUCCACAACCUCCUUUCAGGUAGUUGUAGAGAGCAAUAAGGUCUCCCCUCAGCCUCCUCUUCUCCAGGCUAAACAACCCCAGCUCUCUCAGCUGCUCCUCGUAAGACUUGUUCUCCAGCCCCCUCAUCAGCUUCGUUGCUCUUCUCUGGACACGCUCCAGAACCUCAACAUCAUUCUUGUAGUGAGGGACCACAUUCUAUUCCGUGUACAUCAUACUUGGGAUAAAACUAAGGGAUAAAGAGGGUGAAGCUUUCUUCUCUGAUGGCCAGUGUCCAGUGAGGAUCUCAUCUGUCUUUUUGUCCCUGAUCCUGGAUCUAUGCAUUCCUGAAUCUAGUUCUUGAGUCCAGCUCCCUCCUGCCACUGAGUCCAGCCCACGACUUUUUCCCUGUGACUGCACUGCAGCAUCAGUAGCAAUGUAGUCACUGCAAGGAGACGAUACAAUUUCAUAUAUUUGUAUAUAUUUUGUUAUUUUCUUAUAACUAGUACUUUCCUUAUUAUUAUUAUUGUUUCAUUAAAGCUGUUUUUGGUUUUAGUUUCCAACCCACAAGUCUGUUUCUCUCAUUUCCUUUUCAUUGUUCCCUAGGGAAGGAGGGAACUGAGACCACCAUAACUGCUGGAAUCUAUCUGCCAGUCAAGCCAGGCCAGGGCUAAACUAUGACAAUCAAAGACAGUAAUCCCAGAGCAGGUUUAUAUAUAUAUAUUUCUAUUUAUAUACACAAAUACCUGUGUGUAUAUAUAUAUAUAAAAUAUGAAAAAUAUAUAUGUAUAUACACAUAUAUUAAAAAAACUUCAGCUUUUUUUUUAAAGAGUAAUUUUUAAUGUCAUUGACCUCAACUAGGAGUCUUCAAACAAGCCUAGUUUCAUUUGUUUAUGUCAAAAACAUACUGAAUUCAUUUAACGAAUCUUAUACAAAGAAAGAGUAUGGUUUACAUACUGAAAGGAAAAAAACCUAAAGAUACAGAACUUUUAAGGCGAGCUAAAUAUAUAACUAUCUCUAAAGAAUGUAGAACCUAAGAGCACAAAAGAAAAGCAUUUUCUCAAAGUAGCAUUCUAUUCUCAGGAACAAACAAAAUGAACCGACAGUCUGAGUGUGACACUGUGCUCGAGUAUUUUCUUGUCUUAGCAAUUUUUUAUGCAAUGACUUACUAAUAUGUAUUGAGAAAGUAGUUCUUUCUCUUGGAUAAGCCAGUUACUUUUCAAAAAGAAAAAGAAAACUCUCCUUUUUGUAGUCCUUCACGGCAAGGUACUUCAAACUAGUGGAGGUGUUACAAUGAAUAGCAGCAAGGGAAAAGGGUAGAUGUUCCACUUGCCUCCUCUGCGAGCAGCUGUCCUGCAUGCCAAAAUUAAGAGAGAGUAGCUCAGGGUGCUCAAAUACAAAUCUUGUCCCAAACAGCCCCUCCCUGGAGGAGCCAGGCUGUCCCCAGGGGAAACAGCUGUCUCCAGUAAGAUCCUGCACUGGACUGCUAAAAAGGGGUAGUGUGAAUGCCCCCUCCUGUUGAACUCCCCAGUGUAAACUGUCUUUACAUGUGACAGCCUAGUGCAGAUUCCCAAGUGUUCUUACUGGUGUUUCAUUGGGUGAAAUAAAGCUCUCAGUUUCAGCCACCAGGAUCAACUGUUUUCUCACAUCUAUCUACACAGACUUUUCUGAAUUUGCUGCAGAGCAGAGGGCUCAGAAAGGAGUUUAAAGGCAAACAUGGCACAGCAGAGCCUAAGCCUCUACAGCAAUCUUCCUAGGUAGUCCUCUUUGGCUGGAGGUAGGGCUGCUAUUUCGCUGAACGUAAGAUUGAGAAGGAUGAGCAGAAGAAAAGACUGAAGGAUGAGGGAAAUUCUGCAGACCCAAAGACCACCUGAAUGAAAGAUGAACUAAUCAGUAUAUUAUGCAAAGAACACUUAACACUUCAUUGCCUUGUGAAUUUAUUAUAUUAUUUCUCUCUCCAUUUCAAGUUUUCCUCUAUGUGUCCUCAACUGGAAUUUGUUGUGAUUUGUUUUAUGCUGCAUAAUGUGCAGGGAAAAAAGAAAACUAAAAAAUGUAUUAACUAUAAUGAUUUUUAAUAUAUGCAUAUAGUGUAUAUUCGUAAAUUCCUGGUAACUACAAGAAUUUCUGAAAACUUCUCUCUCCUUCUCUUCCUCUUGCUCUCUCUGUGAGAGAGAGCAAUACGUUGUCAAGUCUACAGCAGAGCAGAGUACCUGUUAUGCCUUGGUAAUCCGAUGCAGUUAUUUUUCAAAGACAGAAUUGGAAAAUUUCUUGUAGCAUAACUGAAUGGAAAACGUGUGUUGGCAGAAUGAAACAAUACAAACUGGAGCAAUAUCUGAAUACAAUAUAUCUCAUUCUUUAGGAAGAGUAUUGUUGAGACAGUUAGUUCUUAAUGAAUCCUCACAUUCCUCUGCCUGCUGACCACUGCAUGACCACACACCCAAGUGGACAUAAUGAUUUUACUUCUCAUUUUUCUUUACACUUAUUGGUCUCCUCCUUUAUCUUACUUUCACUUCCUAUUUUACAGGGGCUUUUUCUAUGGAGCGAAUAAAUUGGCUCAACAGUAAUUUCAAAUGUCUACAUUCACUCUAGUCAUUAUGUUUUGUCCUCAUUUUAGAUGACAAAAUAGCUCAUGCUAACUAUUCAGUAUGAUAUAUUUCAUAUGCAUCCAUAUGGACAUGCAUUAAAUGAAAACAUAUUGGAGAAGAAACUUCAUGUCAUUUUAGAGUGAUGCAGAAGACACACACCUA